CUUUGGUUAAAAUCAUUUCUUCUAAUUCGUGGCCUGAAGAAGGACAAUCUAUAAUUUUGACUUGUGAAUCCAAAGGAAAACCAGUGCCAGAACCAGUAUUGUGGACAAAGGAUGGUGGAGAACUACCAGACCCAGAGCGAAUGGUUGUCAACGGCAGAGUCCUCAGCAUCAGUUUCCUAAACAAAACAGACAAUGGCACAUAUCGAUGUGAAGCAAAAAACCCAAUUGGUCGAAACAGCACAGAAUAUGUUCUGAUAGUACAUGAUGUUUUCAACACUUUGCUUCCCACUACUGUCAUCCCCUCCCUUACCACUGCAACAGUCACAACCACUGUAGCCUUAACAGCCAGCACAACCACAUCGGCAACAGCCAUCAGCACCAGAGGUACAGUAUGCUUCUUUGUUAUGGCCUGAAAAGCACAUUAUAAAUAGGAAAUUAUA